AUGGAUGGUCUGUCUUCUAGCUUCAUUGUAACAGCUGUAGAUACUGUCUCUUCGGCACUAUAUCAAUGGUUUCGUUGCUUUUUGAGUAUUUUAUUCUUCACAAAAAAUUAUGGAGUCAGUGGGUUAGUGUUAUGCUUCUUCGGUAACCGCGACAUCUGGCGCGUUCAGGUACAGGUGUUACGAAGUACGAGCGACAUUGACACCAUCAACUUCCGAAAGUCAGUGCAGGAGGGAUGCAGCAUAAUAGCUGUGGCGAGUACUAUUCUAGCACAGAUUGCUAUCACGGCACUCUCGUUGGAAAACCUCGACCGAACACCCUGGGUUGCCCGAGGGUUCUUUACUUUCAGCCUCGUCUCAUCAAUCAUCGCUGUUUACUACGCCACAAGAGAGUACUGUCAUCUGGGCAGAUUCCUCUAUGCCGAAGAUGUAUGGACAUGGAUUCCCGAUCAAAGCUACAUCAGCGAAGACGAUUUAUUUAAGGAGAAAGUUCCGCUUCUGUCUUCCUUUGGGCUACGCAACAAAGAUGAGGAAAGUGCAGGAGGUAACGGGAAGCCUUCUGCCACUCAACAUGUUUCCUCUCAAGAAGUACCAUCUGGCAAGAUUGGAAGGGCAAGCGCAUCUACAGCACCACCUGGAGAAUCAUCUCAAGAACAAACACAUGAAAGCAAUGCCACUAAGAGUGUGUCUGUUCAGGGAGAGCUUGCGCAAGUCCUCCAAGAAUCAGCUAGACUCCGCAAGGAGUCCGCCAAAGUUGAUGAACGUAUGGCUCAACUUCUGGGAGAAUUUGCAAAAAGUAGUGAAGAGUAGUUUUGGUACAAUUUGAAGAGAAGGUCCGUUUUCCAUCCUAAUGUGGUGUCGAAUAGACUUGGUAGGUGAUGG